ACUCACUCAUCAGCUCACGUUGCAGUGUGGCACUGCACAAUGUGCAACCUUGUGCUGAGAGACUAAUCCAUUCUCAUGCACUGCCACUAUAUUCUAUUUUGUCUCUCACUGCACCACUCUUCAUUACCUUAAUUACUCAGAGAGAGAGAGACAUGAUAUUCUUCAAAAUUUACAUUUGAUAUUUUUGUAUCAUACGAUCCAUUUGUCCUGUUAGGUAAUUAAUUAUAGUCAUAGACACAAAAUUCAACGUGGGGUUGGGUUUGGUUGGGUCGGGCUUGGUUUUUCUUUUCUGAAUCUUUACUUCAGAAUAAUAGUUUGGUGUGAUUUCCAUUACUGUUGUCGUUGCCUCGCAGCUUUCAUUAUGUCCUUCAACUUUCCGUGACUUUCAAGGUUUCCAAAUUGAAUUACUAUUCUUUUCGGAGGUCUAUGAUCGUGGAGUGGUAAGGCAAGAGUGGUUAGGGUUUUGGGCUGGUGUUUUUGUGAAGCUUGAGAUCAGGAAUUAAUUUCAGUGGUUCAGAGAAUGGCAACGGAUUCUUCAAAUGGUAAUGGACAUCACCAGACAACAACAAAGCAGCCUCCUUUGCCAUCUCCCCUGCGCUUUUCCAAAUUUUUUCAGUCCAACAUGAGAAUCUUGGUUACUGGAGGAGCUGGAUUCAUUGGGUCUCACUUAGUUGACAGAUUGAUGGAAAAUGAAAAAAAUGAGGUCAUUGUUGCUGACAACUACUUCACUGGAUCCAAGGAUAACCUCAAAAAGUGGAUUGGUCAUCCAAGAUUUGAGCUUAUCCGUCAUGAUGUCACGGAGCCUUUAUUGAUCGAGGUUGAUCAGAUCUACCAUCUUGCAUGCCCUGCCUCUCCUAUUUUCUACAAAUACAAUCCAGUAAAGACAAUAAAGACAAAUGUGAUUGGCACACUGAACAUGCUUGGGCUCGCUAAGCGAGUAGGAGCAAGGAUUCUGCUUACAUCAACUUCAGAGGUAUAUGGGGAUCCUCUUGUGCAUCCCCAACCUGAAAGUUAUUGGGGCAAUGUUAACCCUAUUGGAGUUCGUAGUUGCUAUGAUGAGGGGAAACGGGUGGCUGAGACAUUGAUGUUUGAUUACCAUAGGCAGCAUGGAAUUGAAAUACGCAUUGCAAGAAUCUUUAACACAUAUGGACCACGCAUGAAUAUUGAUGAUGGGCGUGUUGUCAGCAACUUCAUUGCUCAAGCACUGCGGGGGGAACCAUUGACAGUCCAAUGUCCGGGAACACAAACUCGAAGUUUCUGUUAUGUCUCUGACCUGGUUGAUGGCCUUAUCCGUCUCAUGGAAGGAUCAAACACCGGACCAAUCAACCUUGGAAACCCAGGUGAAUUUACAAUGACUGAACUUGCUGAGACAGUUAAAGAGCUUAUUAAUCCAGGUGUGGAGAUCAAGAUGGUGGAGAACACUCCUGAUGACCCACGACAAAGAAAACCAGACAUCACAAAAGCAAAGGAAUUGUUGGGCUGGGAGCCAAAGGUCAAGUUGCGUGAUGGUCUUCCUCGUAUGGAAGAGGAUUUCCGUCUGAGGCUUGGAGUUGGCAAAAAGAAUUAACUUGUUUUUCGCUCCUUUGGUGACAUGUUAAAGUAGAAUAAUAAGUGAGAUGGGUCUGGCCCGUUUUCAAAAUUUUCGUCAUUAUAGUUAUUGUUACGAUUAUGAUACUGAGAAAGUUGGGGGGCCUGAAAUUUGGCAUCUACAGCUAUCAGAUUGCUAUAUUUGUUGUUUUGUUUAGCAAAAGACUGCAGCAUGUCACUACAAAUUUUGCUGUUUGUAAGACGAUUGAAUUGAAAUUCUUUCCUUUAUUCUGGUUAUCUUUUCAACUUUCCUUUGUUAAGUGUCUUUGAGAACUGAGCUUGAGGAAUUUUAAUUACAUAGUCCGGAAUCAUCAUGCCA